UAUGAUAAAAAUCAAGGAAAUUAUCAAGGAUGGCAUGUACAAGGAAAUCCUAAUAGUUUUGUAAAUGCAUUCUUAAACUAUUUUGCCAACAUCACCAUGAAAAAUAGAUGGAUGUCUGAGUUGGUAAUAAUUAAACAAAAUCCUGAACAAAGUGUAUCUAAUUAUGCUCAGAAGUUUAAGAUGUUAAUGCAGCGAGUUGAUACUACUAGAGAAUUUGGACAGCAUUAUAUUAUUAGUAAAUUCAUUAGAGGAUUGUCAUCUUAUUUAAUGACCAUGAUAGUUAGUCAUAGUCCUCAAAUAUUAGAUGCAGCUAUCACUAAAGCUAAAAAAAUCGAAGCUGGGUUUACUAUUACCCAACCAAUUCAACAACAGAUAAUG